AUGGUUCGGCCUGCGCCUGUUGAACGGCUUGACCUGCCGCAUACCGGAGACCAUGCGAAGACGCAAUGGUGGGGGAACUUCUUAAACGAUCCCGACGCCUUCGAUCACAAGUUCUUCAAAAAGUCUUCCCGCGAGGCCGUUGCGUGGGAUCCCCAACAGAGAAUCCUGCUCGAGGUUGUGUACGAAGCCUUGGAGUCUGCGGGCUAUUUCGGCCCUUCGGCGGCUUCGGAACCGCUCGACUACGGCUGCUAUAUCGGUGCAGUCAUGAACAACUACUACGACAACCUCUCUUGCCACGCCGGCACCGCCUACGCCACGGUUGGAACGUCCAGAUGCUACCUCAGCGGUUGCAUGAGUCAUUACUUUGGAUGGACCGGUCCGUCCCUGACGAUCGAUACCGCGUGCUCAUCCUCCCUGGUUGCCAUCAACACGGCCUGCCGAGCCAUCUGGUCCGGUGAAUGCUCUCGGGCCGUCGCCGGGGGAACUAACGUCAUCUCGAGUCCUUUUGACUAUCAAAAUCUCGCAGCCGCCGGGUUUUUGAGUCCAUCAGGGCAAUGCAAGCCGUUCGACGCUGAUGCUGAUGGUUAUUGCCGAGGCGAGGCCGUGGCGGUUGUGGUUCUCAAGCCGCUCGCGGAUGCCGUUAAGGAAAACGACAAUAUCUUGGGCGUCAUUGUCGGGUCUGCCGCGAACCAGAACCACAACGUUAGCCAGAUUACGGCGCCACACUCGGGCUCGCAGGUUAAGCUUUAUAACAAAGUUAUGGAGCUCAGCGGGGUGAAACCAGAAGAUGUGUCAUAUAUCGAAGCCCAUGGAACUGGAAGUAAGUCAACGCCCUUGUCCCAAUGA